CGCAUAUCGCGCUGAUGACUGUAACGUCACUAGCUCACUUUACCACUCCAUUUGCCGGGCACUGAACUUGUUUGCGUCAGAACGUCUCGGCGUAAAGUUUAAGAGGAAUUUUUAUAUUUUACAUACAUGAAUAGCAUAUAAGGCCUUAUUUAUUAAGCCUGUGAACCAAUGAUUCGAUGCUUGAAAAAAGAAGUACAACACAAACUACGGUCAGGAGUCACCAUCAGUUCAGUUGGACAAUGUGUUGAGGAACUGGUCUUAAACAGCAUUGAUGCUCUUUCAACAUGUAUUGCUGUGCGCAUUGAUUUGGAAACUGUCAGAAUCCAAGUGGUAGAUAAUGGUAGUGGAUUGUGCCCAGAAGAUUUGGACAGAUUGGGUAUGCGUUAUUUUACAAGCAAAUGCCAUUCCUUAAACGACUUGGAAAACUUAAAGUUUCAUGGUUUUCGGGGGGAAGCCAUAGCAAGCAUUGCUGAUGUUUCUAGCAUAGUGGAAAUAUCAUCUAAAUGCAAGAACACAUCAAAAACAUUUUAUAAACUUAUUCAGAAUGGAAAACUACUCAGUGUGCAAGAAGCAAAUACCAGUAGGCCUAGUGCAGGUACUACAUUUUCAGUCUACAAUCUUUUCUAUAACUUGCCAGUGCGGAGAAAAUGCAUGGACCAAACUGUUGAAUUUGAGAACAUACGCCAGAGAGUGGAAUCUUUGUCUCUCAUACACCCCUCAAUUUCUUUCUCAUUGAAAAAUGAUGCUAUGCAUUCUGUAGUUUUGCAGCUGGCCAAAACCAAGGAUGUGUGUUCUCGUUUUUGUCAGAUUUACGGGCUACCUAGGUCUCAAAAGCUUUGUGAGAUCCAGCAUAAAGUGAGGGAGUUUGACAUGUGGGGUUAUAUCAGCUGUGAAGGCCAUUACAAUAAAAGAAUGCAAUAUCUGUAUGUUAACAAUAGACUUGUUCUCAAAACAAAAUUGCAUCAGCAUAUCGAUUUUUUAUUAAGAAAAGAAAGUUUGAUCUGCAAACCUAAAAAUAUAAAUGUAGGAAAAACAAGUAGUCCAGGUAGAAGUCGUUCAUGUCAAGAGCUUUAUGGAAUCUUUAUAAUAAAUAUUAAUUGCCACUAUUCAGAAUAUGAUGUUUGCUUUGAGCCAGCAAAAACAUUAAUUGAAUUCAAGGACUGGGACACUGUAUUGCGAUUUGUUGAAGAAGGUGUUAAGGCAUUCUUAAAAAGAGAGAAAUUAUAUGUAGAGCCACCCAAAGAAGAUACACUUGGAAAGUCUGAAAGUAACUUUAUCGCUUGUACAGAUUUUCAGCUGGUAAAAAAGCAAGAUAUAGAGGUUUUUAAGGAUGCAUGUUGUAAUGUAAGACACAAUUAUGAAAACUCAAUUCUUCAGUCAAAAUCAGUGUGCAGAACUGCUAAUGUUAGCACACAAGUUUUAAAUGUUAAUGCUACUAUUCACAAUGACACAAGUGAAUCAACACAUGACUCUAUUCUUGAAUGUAACACUGAUAAAAUAUCAAAGUCAAGGAGAUUUUCUCCCAGAAACUGCAAUGAAAAUGAAUUUUGUGCAGCCCCCACCACUGAAUGUCAGCAAGACACUGGUGAGAAAUGUAAUGCAGAUACUUUCAGUCAUGCUGAAUGUUCAGAAUUACCGAAUAAUUCCUGUUGUGCUGUGAUACAAAUAGAUGCAUGUGAAAAUGAAAAUUCUGCUCAAGAAAAACAAACUGAUGGACAAUGUGGAGCUGAACAAUGCAACACCCAGUCUGCAGCUACAUUGUGUAACUACAAGGACUUAACUGUUGAUGAAUCAGCCAGUGGUAUAGGCUGCUUCAGGCUGCUAAAUCAUUUAUGUCCAAAUCCCAGUAUGCAUUCUAGUAAAGCUGAAGGUCUGUUUAAAUUAUUCUCCCGACCAGGUCCUUUAAGUGGCCAGGAAAUGUUUAAAAAUAAUUCACAUACUUUAAACAGUAGUACAAGGCCAAAUAGCAAAGGCAGUUUGCCAUCAUACAGUAAAAUAACAGAAGAAAGAAAAAAAAUAACAGUAUCAAAGAAUGUAUCCUUUGCUAAUGCAGAACCUAGAACUACCAUCUCAAAUUCCACAAAGAAAAAUUGUAACAGACUGCUCGGUUUGGUUGCACAAAGAGAAUCUUUGGAGACAUUUAAACAAUAUUUUGGAAAAUUGCAAGCAUCAACUUCUUGCCAGUCUGCCCCAGCUACUGUCACUUCAGAUACAUCCUUAUAUCUAAAACACACUGACCUAAAUCUGUGUCAGAAUAAUAGCUCAAAAAAUACUCAUUGCAAUGAGGUGGUAGAGGAAAAUUUUACAUCUUCAAAUAAUCUAAUGUUCCAGUUUCCAGUGAAUGAAAUAACCUCUUCAGAAGAAAUUCUAAUACCAAUGAGUCAGAAUCCUAAAAGCCCUGACCCACAACAUCCCAAAGAGAGUCCUUUGACCUUGCCACACUAUGAAAGGCUAAAGCAGACUGGAUCCAGUGCACAAAUCACUUUUGGUUCAUUGGCAGCAAAGCUAAGCAAACUUAAGCAGGGAGAAAAAGUGGAUUCAUGUGUGAAUGCGACAAAUCUCAAGGAGUUGCUUAAUGUUUCAGUACAUUCAGAUGACAAAACAACAAUGGAUGGCCAGAGAACACAAAAUUCUGGUCCUGGCAAAAUACAGGACAGUACAGCUAUGAAAUUUCUAGAACCUUGUGUAACACAAGCUAUUCAUGCAAACAUAUCUAAUUUAUAUGAGCAAAGUAGCUUUAAAGUGCCACUUUCUGUUCCUUCUGUAAGCUGUUGUGAAGAUUCUGGUGGUUUUGUCUCUGCUGAUUGGUUUCAGUGUUAUGAAGAGUCUCUUGGAAAACAUGUUUACCUUAACACCGCAACAGGACUCAGCAGUUACAUUUGUCCGAAGAUGGAUGACAGCACAAUCUGCACCAAAGAUUUAACUACCACAGCUGUGAACAUAGUUUGCAAUAAUGGAUUUCAGUACCAGUGUUAUCCAUUUAGGAGUGAUGCCCUUGUGCCAUUUCUUCCUAGACCACGUGAAGAAAGAGCACAUGCAAAACUUAAUACAGAUAAUUCAGAAAACAGUAUCCUGAAGUCCUUGUUCUCAGAAUGGGAAAAUCCAGUGUUUACUCGCCAUCCUGAGGUGGCUGUGGAUGUGAGCAGGGGACAGACAAAUACUCUGGCAGUAAAAAUUCACAAUAUAUUGUAUCCAUAUCGUUUCACAAAGGAAAUGAUGCACUCUGUGAAGGUUCUUCAGCAGGUGGACAAUAAAUUCAUUGCUUGUUUGAUGAACACAAAGAUGAAGGAGGGAUCAGAGCAAGAUGGAAAUCUCCUUGUGCUGGUGGAUCAGCAUGCUGCUCAUGAACGUGUCCGUCUGGAACAACUUAUUGCAGAUUCCUAUGAGUCAGCACCAGAGGAUGAUUCAGGGAGGCGACAACUGAAGAUGUCUGUUAUCAGUCCUCCCCUGGAACUGAAUGUGACAGAGAUUCAGUACCGGCUUCUUAGGGUCCUUGCUAGGAGUUCGCAAAGUAUUGGCUUGUCUCUGUCAUUUCCUGAUACUCAAGGUCCAUGUGUCCUGGUGUCAGCAGUCCCUGUGUGUUUUGUAGAGAGAGAAGCAAAUGAAUUACAUCGUAGAAGGUCAACAGUAGCUAAAAACCUUGUGCAGGAGUUUCUACAAGAACAGGUGGAGCUGUUGCAGAUGACGAGACGAGCAGGUGGUACCAUUCCACUGACAGUACUGAAGGUUUUGGCAUCACAAGCUUGUCAUGGUGCUAUCAAAUUCAAUGAUCAGCUUAGUUUGGAUGACUGCAAGCACCUGAUGCAGUGCCUGUCACGUUGUAGCCUUCCAUUUCAGUGCGCACAUGGGAGACCUGCAAUCCUACCACUUGCAGACAUGCUGCAUCUUGAGCCUUGUGACCAGAUUCUGGCAAAACCUAACCUUAAAAGUCUGAAGAGACAGUGCAGAGCCUGGGAGCUGACUAAAGGGAACCACCUCCCCAUUCCAAAUAAGCAAGACACAGAGCCUACCAUCCCAAAAAAGGUAGCAACCCAGCAGCCAAAUAAUUCAUUGGCUAAUGAAACAAUGAAGGUCAUCAUUGAAGAGGUAAUGGCUUUACCCAACAACGAGGAAUUAUGAGCGUCUAAGUUUCAGGGUAAGGAAGGUACAGAACUACUCUGUUUACUCUCAAAAACAGAACAUAAAACUAAAAUAACUUUCAUGAAUUUGUAAACUAUUGAUUUAUAUAUACACUUUGAGCAAAUAUGCAAACCUUCAAAACAGAGACAGAGGAAAAAAAUGGACUCCGUCCACUGCAUUUUUUCUUUCUUAUCAUCUUACCCUUCAUAUGUAAAGGCAUUCAUACCACAGUAUGUUUUUUUAGCAAGACUACCCACAAAAUUAUUUGCUUAAUGUAUUUUUUCUUCAACUCUUUCCUCCUCUUUAUACUGUUAAUAUAUUGUCUGAAAUGUGGAGAAAUUGCUAUGCAUUUGUGCCAUGUAUAUAGUGCCUUAUGCAGACCCUGGUUGCAUUCUCUGAUUUUACUGAAUGGCAAGUCCUACACUAAACAUUUGUUCUGUCAUAUUUUUAUUUCAAAGCACUGAAACAAUGUUUUUAAAUUUGAUCAUUUUUCUAUAUAUAUAUAUAUAUAUAUAUAUAUAUAUAUAACAAAAAUAUGUUGCUACAAUAGAGAUUUUAUCUCAGUUCUGAAGAACAGGUAGAAAACAAUUUCCCAGACAAGGGCAAAUAUCAGUAAUAGCUUGUCCCAGUGGAUACUGUUGGUACUGUAAACCAAAUGUGGACCCAGUAGCUGCACAAAUAUGAAGGAGAUGAGCGAAUUAAUACAGUAGGACUGGCCUGCAUGAGAAGGCCACACCAAUAAAGCAAUGACUUAAAAAGAA